AUGGCUGCAAAAGAUCUUGUCACUAAAGGUCUUAGACGAACAAUAGGAACAGGGGAAGAUACACUGGUUUGGCAAGACCCGUGGUUACCGGAUGAGACCGCCAGGCCUCCUACGAUAACACAUGAUUAUGAUCCGAACCUGAGAGUGUAUGACCUAAUCGAUCCUGUGGAAAAAGAAUGGGACAAUUCUAAACUCAGGAGUUUGCUCCACCCCAACGACAUACCGUUGGUUCGAAGCUUAAAUCUCAAGAGAAAUCCCGGUCGGGAUGGAUAUUGCUGGAACCUAACCACUUCUGGGAAAUACUCGGUCAAGUCAGGCUAUAUGCUUGCAAGAUCAAAACCAGACGAGGAUACUGAAUUUAGGAACCAGCUACCUUCCCUCAACCCGCUCAAGGAAAAAAUUUGGAAAGCCAAAACCGGGAAAAAAAUCUGA